UAUCAUGGCUGACGACGGCGAGCCCCUAGAGAUCACAGCGCUUCGUACUAAUCUCACUGCCAUCACUGACACGGUGACGGUCGGAGACAAUCUACAGUGGUUUUCAAACUGCCUCGUGGAGAAAGCCUUCAUUGCGCAGAGGGCCGCGCAGGCAAUCCUCGGCGGCGGUGCCACGCCCGCGAACAAGGCCAGUCAGCUUAUUGACGGGGUUUUCACUGUAAUCCGAAGGUCGGACAGGAAGAGCUACUGGUUUGCCGAGUUCGUAUCUAUUUUCUCCACCGACAGAGCCUACGCAGAGCUAGUCGAGAAACUGAAACGCCACGUCCGCCAAACAAACCUGCAGCAACUACUAUCUCCCAUUCCAGCCAGCCCUUCCCCUAGUUCAUCUCUACACGUUCCUGCGUCUUCAGGCACCACACCAGCCACAGCCAGUUCUAAGGAGUCCCCUGCCCCGUCAUCCACCACCACACCCUUUUCACCUCCUGCCCCACCUCUACCCUCCCCUCAUCACUCUUCUUUCUGGAGUCUGGAGAAAGUCGAAGCCUCCUUGAAAAACCUUGAAGAGAUGUUUGGCAACCUACACGCAGAUGCUGAUACAGAGCUUGGUGAAAAAGAAAGGCGAGAUGAAAUGUUUUUUAAAAGGUUUCGCAGUCGUCUUUUACUCUUGCCUGUCCGCAAAGCGACCCUCCAUGUAAAGUUUUUCACUGCCUAUGAAGACGAGAUUCUGGCUGCCCAAAACAGUACAAAGAUUCUAGCCAUUCUCUGCCGUUUUGUAGAUUACCGUAACUUCGAGAUUCUAUAUUACGUCGUCCUAACAUUCUGUGGUACUUCACUGAAACAAAGCAUGAAAGAUUAUUGCAAAAUGCUCAAAGAAUUUGAAACUGCAACAACAGUAGAUGUGUACCUCAGUGCCAUUCCUGAUGAAGCAGAUGAAGAACUGCUCAAUGGCUUCUCUCAGAUGGUCGUGAAGAUUGACAAGCCUGAAUCACAGUGCACUCUGCUCGAAGUCCGAAAGCUAAACAAGGCGAUCAUUGAGAAGUCAAGUCUCUGCUCUCACAGCGUCUACAUUGGAGCAGUGUCCAGAAACUGUGUGGUGGUUAGGCUUAGGUUUCCUUCCAGUGCAGUGGGCUGGGUGCUAGAAGCCAUCACUCCCGACUUCAUGACCACACAUCGUCUCACAGAGGUGUCUGUGGAUGGCCAUCCACUAUCCCUUAUACCGGCCCAGAGAAAUAAUUUGGAAAACCUGAAGGCAGUUGAAGUAGCUCAGAAUAAGGAACUUGACUGCAGUGUCAAAACACUUGGUGACAUCCCCCUUGGACCAAUAUCAAACUCAUAUAAUUCUAACAUUCACGGGACGACAUCUCAAGUCAGCAGUGGCUAUGCCAGCAGUUGCUAUGCCAGCAGUGGCUAUGCCAGCAGUGGCUAUGCCAGCAGUGGCUAUGCCAGCAGUGGCUAUGCCAGCAGUGUCGGGAUACUCCCACACAGACGUUCUGAGUCACUACAGUUACUAAACACGGGAGACAGGGAAAUGAUGGAUCUCCAGCGAAAACUCACCAACUACAGAGGAACACUGACUGGGAAAAAGCUAUUAAAAGAGGGCGUCAUCAGGAAAUGUAACAGAAGAGGAGCGAAAAAAGAAGUUUAUCUCUUUUUGCUAACAGAUGUUCUACUCUAUACCAAGUACAAUGAGUUCACCAGAAAGUACAGUGUUGCAUGGGAGCUCUCCAUCAGAGGAAUGGAGGUGGUGGACAUGGAGGAAGGUGGCCAACCAGUGGUGAGAAAUGAGCCACUCAGUUUCACUGUCACCAGCAAGGAGAGGGCCAUUCAUCUGGUAGCCAGUUCUCCAGAGGAGAAAGAUGAGUGGAUACAGGCUCUGCAGAGGGCAAUAAGUGACCUCCUUCUAGUUCACCAUCACCUCACAUCUUCUAAGUUGCUGCCAGGAGCAGGGCUGGGGUCGCGAGCCCCGGUCUGGGUCCCUGACACCCACGUCACCGCCUGCCAGCUCCCCCUCUGCAACAAGAAGUUCUCUCUGAUUGAGAGGAAACAUCACUGUCGCCAGUGUGGAAGGGUUGUGUGCAGUGGAUGUUCGGUGGAGAGACGUUAUUUAAUCUACCUACAGAAGGAAGGCAGGGUCUGUAAUGCAUGUAUUAAAGAGUUUUCUGGCCGCAAGUCACCAGGUGAUGCCCACUUCAAGGACCCUAUGGUAUGAAGUUAAAUUUAUUGUGCUAGUCGAAUUUUAUAUAAGUGUCUUUCAUGCGUAUAAUACUGUCACGAUACGUGACAUAAUAGCUAGCUGUAAUAAAAGAAUUGUUGAUAGUACCAUCUUAAAACCCUUUGGACGCCAUGGUAAAUAAGCAGAAAUUGAUGUAUAAGGUAUUAGCUGGCUAUUCUUAAGGACUUAUGGAGGCUCUGGACACAUUUAUGUGUUUCGUGGCUGAUUAAGUGUUAAUCCUGCACUAAAUGCACACGUCCAUCUCUGGUGAAGGAGAGAGAUGAAACGACUGUAAUGUCUGGCUAUGUGAAGAGGCUCUGCGGUGGAAAGACAGAGGACAAGUUUUACAGACUGCUUGUCAAUAAAACACUCUACAUCUAUGGUGCCCAUCAGGACACAACAGCAACACAUGUAAUGAUGCUGAUUGGAUAUUCUGUUCAAGGGGACCAGGGAGGAUAUAGGAUAACUCUUACACACCAUCAAGAUAGAGAAGAGUUGAAUGAUUCGUUUAUAACCACAGCUAAAGACUACGAAAGGUGGCUCAGUGCUUUGAAAGCUGCCUCAAGGUCCUAAACUUUUCAAUCUCAUAACUAUUAUAGCUGGGUGUUUUUAAUCUUUCAUAAUUAUUAUUUUUAUAGUGACCUACAUUUGCAUGUGCUAUAUAUAUCCGCACCAAAAUCGCAGUAUUAUAUUUACGCUAGAUUGCUUUCCGACCAACUGACAAUGUAUGCACAACAUUGUCACUUCAGUUGACAAAAAUUA